GCUUACGUUCGGUUCGCAUUUCUCUUCUCUCUAUUAUAUAAUAUUCUCUUGUACGGAUCCUUAAGUUAAUUUUCCAACCUCAAUCAAUUAAUUCUAUGCAUUAUUUUUUCUGAAACAUUUAACUAUAACUUUUAACUAAGAAUUGUUUAUAAAAAAAUUAAAUAUUCAAAAAAGACGUCGCGCAUAAAACUACAAGAGAAAAAGUGUUAAGAAGACAAAAAGGAUUAAAGAAGAAAAUCAACGCGAAAUCAAGAAUUGUGUGUGUUUGUCGAAAGGUCGUGUGCCUCGUUUUACGGUACGUGCGGUUACUUGCAAGAAGAAAGAAAAUUAUUUUCAGACUAUUCAAUUUUCUACGCAAAAAAUCUGAAUCUAUAAAUUACUUACUCCUCAGUUCGUGUACUUUUUCCGGCGACCGCUUUGACUACUUCUAACCGUUCGAACUCAACAAAUUUUGUGUUGGCUGAAGUGCGAGAAGGCGUAAAGUGGAUUGUCGCGUGGCUGACAACUGAAUCACGGAUUAAAAAUCAAUACGCCGUCGAAGAAAAGUUUUUCGAAACAAAAAAAAACUAAAAAAAAACUACACAAACUACAACAAAAACAAGAAGAAAAUCAAAAGUCAACACAUGAAGAAAGUGUAAGAAAUAUAUAAACAAAAGCGUACGACGAGAACGACGAGUGAUUCUACAUACGUGUAUGUAUAAACAACAACAACAGCGGCAAGUGUGAGAAAAUGCGAAGGGAGUAAAUUUGCAUUGCUUUGAAGGGGUUGGAGAACUACGCGAAUGCAAUGAAAAGAGCUCUAAAAAGCAAUGUCAUUAAGCAAUUAAGCAUAUUAAGCUAAAUAAUUAAUAUAACAAUAACAACGAUAGCAUGAAUAGCAAUACAAAAGCAAAUGUACAUACUUAUAUAUAUAUUUAAAGUUAAAGUUAAAGAAAGAAUCUAAUCAGCAACAACAACACUUACGAAUGGCAUCAUUCAAUUGUCGGCUGUUGGAAUGGGAUGUGGCCUGCCUGUGAAUGUGCGGAUGUGCGGAUGUGCGCCAGCAACAACAAAACUUAAUUGAAGGAGGCAUGCGAAAAAUUAGGAUUUAACCAAAAAAAAAAAUAAGAAAAUAAAAAAGUUAAAAAAAAAAGAAUCAAGCAAAGAUUCAAAUGCUUAACCCUUAGUUGAAACAAAACCUUGAAAUUUCGUCGAGCAAACUAUGUAAAAAGUUUCAAAACUUAUACUAAACUAUUUCGAAAAUUCUCCUAAAAGUGUGAUUAUUUACAUUAACAGCACCAACAAUAGAACGACUCUACUUACUAUAAACUUAGCUCGCACGAAAUAACUACAGACCCUUUACAAAUGCCAAGCUAAUUUCCCACAGAAGAAACAUAAAAAGGAUAUUAACUACAAUUGUAGCGCCUGCUCCUGCCUACACUUUAGCUUUUGCCACUACAGUAGUAUUGCUUUUGUUUAACAUUCCACUAGCUUCCCAAUACCCGCGCCCCUACAACGACCAUGCCGCGCUGUUUAAUGGCUAAAAAAUGGAAAGCGUAUCCUUGGCUUGAUCGCGUCGAAGACAACAUCGCGAGCGCAGCGGUACAAGAGGCAAACCCAAAGGCCAGUGCUGUUGCAACAUCACCACCCAGUCCACAGCAGCAGCAGCAGCAGCAGCAGCAAUAUCACAGCAGAAGAUCGUCGAAAUCACGCCGCUCCACGAUCGAUGAUGACGAAGAGAUCGAUGUUGUGGGUGACAAUGCCUUAGCAUUAGCCACAGGCGGUGUCAGCACUGCUGAGUUGGUGGAGAAUGGCGCUAAGGUUGAGACGCGUACAAUACACAUAACAGCAGCCGCGGCGACUACGACAGUGGCCGCAACAACAUCGAACAGUAGUACGCCGACUUGUUGGGGGCCCUCAUCACCGACUGCGGGCGCUACAGCGCCAAGUCCACCGCCACACUCACCGGAGGCGGCAACACGUGGUACGACAGCGUUAUAUAACGGUUUCGGCCAUGACGCUUCGCCCUUGCACCACCAGCACUACACAACAGCGUACCUGCCAAGAAUGGAAAAUGGUGAAGUAACUGUAAUUACGAGUGCCGUUGCUGCCGCGACGGUGGCUGCUGCAGCUGUGGCCGCUGCUUCCGGCGCCGGCACGAGGCACCAUCACAGCCUCGUAAGUCUACCGCAUGCGGCGCAUCCGUAUUCAUCGUUCGUACACACACCGCCGCCUUCGACCGCCUCUUCGCCUUCAGCAUCACCGACAAGUCAUGCGAGCAGUGCAUUGACGAUGGCAACUCACAACAAUAACAGUGAUGGUCAGUGUCAUAGUCAAGGUAGCAGUUCUAGUAACAUUAGUGAUCGCCUUAGUCCGCCCAUGAUACGAGUUAAGACCGAGAGAGAGGAGUAUGUAUUGCAUAACAAUAACAAAAACCACAACGCCCAGACAAGUGCAGGUGAGUCCAGCAUAUUGCGUAAUAAAUCGUUGGCCAUGUGUUUCACCAGCACUGGCGCUGCGCUGUCGCUGCCUCCGAAGAAGAAAGAUAUCUACCGUCCAUACUCGCUGGACGAUAGGCCCAGUGUGGAGCGUGUACGUGCACCGUACGAGAGCUUGCGUAUACCGGCGGAGGAGGAUUUACAUGCCGCGCACGCAAUACUCGAUUUGAGUGCUUCCACAGCCUUCCAUCCGCCAAUACAGCCCCAUCAAAUACAACAACAACAGCAAGAGCUCCCGACGCAACUUCAGCACCAACUGCACCAUCACCAUCAGCAUCCGUUGCAUCAUAUAACACACGCUAUACAAUUACAGCAGCAACAGCAACAACAGCAAGAUACAGUGGCGGCCACAGUCGGUCUGCAUCACCACCCAAGCCCAUCCAUUGCUGAUUUGGCCGCUGCCGCUUGCGUCGCAAACGAACAGCGCCCGCGCAGCACAGCCUCGAUGCACAGCCUGCUCAGCACCACCAGCGAUAGCGAUCGGCAGCCCAGUUCGCCCGCCAGUAGCGUGCAAAAUGAAAAUAGUAAUACUACAAACCAGUUAACGGGUAUACAGUCGACGUCGGCGGGCCACGGCUCCAACAAGACGGUUGCCUACACCUACGAAGCCUUCUUUGUGAGCGAUGGUCGAUCGAAGCGAAAACAUGUCGUGGAUCCGGCUGCGGUAGUACAGCAGGAUCUGCAGAAAGCCAAGUACACAUGCACAGAGUGCGGCAAACAAUAUGCCACGUCGAGUAAUCUCUCACGCCAUAAGCAAACUCACCGCUCACUCGACUCGCAAUCGGCCAAGAAGUGCCACACGUGCGGCAAAGCGUAUGUCUCGAUGCCGGCACUCGCCAUGCACUUGUUAACGCACAAGCUCUCGCACAGCUGCGAUGUCUGCGGUAAGCUUUUCUCACGUCCAUGGCUUCUCCAGGGCCAUUUGCGCUCGCAUACGGGCGAGAAACCCUACGGGUGUGCACACUGCGGCAAAGCCUUCGCUGACCGCUCCAAUUUACGCGCCCAUAUGCAAACACAUUCGAUCGAUAAGAACUUCGAAUGCAAACGCUGCCACAAGACAUUUGCGCUCAAGUCGUACCUCAAUAAGCAUCUGGAGUCGGCAUGCCUCAAGGACGAGGCUGAUAUGCAGUUCGACAGUGAUGUAAGCAACGAUAUGGAAUCACCGGCGCCGUCUAUGGAAGAUUAUCCACUAACGCCGACAGCACAUCAGCAGCAGCAGCAGCACCAUCGACGUUUCAUCUCCACAUCGCCAACCCCGUCGGCGGUAAAAAUUGGCAGUAUAAGUGCACUAACAAUUCCGAUGCCUGUGUCGGCAGCUGGCGCAACACUGGUGAAAGUGGAAACGCCUUUUGUUGGCUAAGGUCGUGCCGAGGAGGUGGAUUGGAUGGGAGACGCAAGCAGAGUAGGCAGAGCAAACAAACAGCAAACUGUGAGCGGAGUCAAGUGGCCCUUUGGUGCAAUUGUAAGUAAUAUUUAAGUGCGAGAGCGCAGGUAGUAUAUACGUGUAUACAUAGUUAACGACGAGUGGAAAAGUUCGUAAAGUGGAAGUGCAAAAGUUACGGUUUUGUUGCAAGCGUACCUUUAUUUAUACCUAUAUAUAUACAAGAGGACUUAUAGACUCACUUAAAAUAUAGAGAACAUGGAGGCUUAAGCCAAUAUAAAUUAACCCACCCUCUGAGGGUUUGGGGAACAUUACCAGUGACAGUAUGAUUAGUAGUAAAACUUUUUCAAAUAAAAAAAUCUUAAAAAUUUCAUAUAUUGAAACUAAGUAAAUAUUUUUCUAAUAUUUUUUAAAAGAUUUUCAUUUUUUUUGUUAUAAAGCUUAUUAAUAGCUUACUAAAACU